CAUGUACCCGAUUUCUGCGGCAUAAAAGGCCAAGCGACGCACACACGCGUCCUUGCGCUCAUCGAUGAGCAAAAGCAGGAGAUCAAAGAGGCGUUCAAGCUCUUCGACAUGGACAAGGAUGGCUGCGUCGACUACCACGAGCUCAAAAGCGGGUUCGACUUGAAGAAAGCGGAGGUGCUGAAGAUCCUGCGAGAUCAUGACAGGACAGGACACGGACUGAUGGACUUCGAAAACUUCGCGAAAAUCAUGAGCGAGCGCAUACUGACCCGUGAUCCCAUAGAAGAGAUCCGCCGCUCGUUUCAGCUUUUCGAUGAUGACAACAACGGCAAGAUCAGCCUAAGAAACCCGAGGAGGGUGGCGAAGGAAAUUGGUGACCGGUUGGAAGAUGAUAAACUGCAAGCCAUCAUUGACGAGUUCGGACUCGACCAGGACGGAGAGAUCAAUGAACAGCAAUUAUUUGCGAUCAUGACGGAUGAUGCAUAG